GCCCGCGCCCAGUUCGCCACAAAGCCUCGGGCGUUGAUCCACACUUAGCCGCUGCGGCGUGCCCCUUGCUUAUUCCUGCUACAUCUCCGCGGUCCUUUUGCCAUGCCAGUGCUCGCCCGUGCCGGGAGCACUUCUGCAUCCUCUCAACUAUCUGCUCCUCCAGUCCAGUUGGGCCCGCCGGCGAGACGCCCUUCCGUCUCACAGCCUAGCGUGCGCACGAUAUAAUGGGCCGCGCGAAUGCCGCGGAUCCAAUUGCUCUCGCUGCACCUCCCAUCGCCGCGAAUAUCGUCUCCCGGGUAGCUCUGGACAGCAAUUAGUACUAUCUGCCGGCUUUGCGAGCAUCCUUGCCGAAGCACACAAUCAGGUGGGUCCCGCACUCGCGAAUGCGUCAAAAAUCCCCGGUAGUACUAUUGCGCGUUGCUUGCUUAUCACUGUUUCUCCCUGCUGGUUGCCGUGCCAGUUCACCCACUCCUACGUUCGACAUACGCUGAGCAAGAAUGCAGAGGCACUGGCCCUGGUUGCCCACGGAGCUCUACGCGGACGUGCUCAGGUUCCUCCCGCCGGAUGAUGACUUCGCGGACACAAGUGUAAAGACGCUCGUCAACUGCCUCGGCGCGCACUCGCAGCUCCGUGUAGCCGCGCUGCAGCCCUCCGUUUGGAAACACCAUUAUUGCGCGCGGUACACGGAAUGCGUGGAGGAGCGGGAGGCGCAGCGGCGGGAGAAGACCAAGGGGGACUACAGGCGGAUGUACAUCGCGCGGAGGAAGCUGGACCGGAGGGCGCUAGAGGCCGUCGACGAGAUCAGGCUGCAGCUCAGUGGGCGCCAUGCGAGAGCCGCUGCGUUCGUCAAGGAGUUCUCCUUUGAUGUGUGGAAUGCGCUCGAGAGGGAGGCGCAGUUGCCCGUCCCGGCGUACUUGCUCUCAGGGAACGACGGAGGGUAUCUGGACGAGGACGUCGACAUGGAUGCGCAUGUGGAUGACAUUCCUCAUGUCUUGCCGCGGAGAUACUGGGCUAAGGCCAUGAUGGGUGUCGUCGCCCGUCAUCAUACCCUACAGAAAUGGGCCAGCCUGUACUCUGCGGAGGAAGAGGAACAUUCAGUCACGUUUGAAGAUGCUCUAGCAGGUCUGUCAGCCUUCUACGAUCAGUCGCCGAAGCAUAUAUCCUCAUGGCUUGGAAUGCUUGCACACGACUGCCGAGUGCAGCUGACCGCUGGCGGCAUCGAGCUGGACCCGGUCAGCCCUGAUUAUGACCUACCAUCUCUCGUGGUGCGUCUGCGGGAGACCCUACGCGGAAUGGGGUUCUGUAUUGCCGAAGGCGACGACUUCUAUAAUCCCCUUAACCAGUUCCCCCAUGCUUUCAUGCGUACCGAGAGUCGUAAGACGAUACCAAUGGGCCUCGUCUACGUGUACACAUCUGUCGCUCGGAAGCUGGGCAUCCGUGCAUCACCAACAAACUACCCAGGCAAGGUUCUAUGCCAUAUCGACCCGAUAGACCCAGAACAGAACGAGAUGCUCUUCGACGUGUGCGGGCAAUCCCAGCCCCUGAUCUUCACCAGCCGCGACCUGCGUCAGAUGUUGGUCGACAUCGGCCUGCGACCGGAUAUGCCUGCGGAGAUCAUCCGUCCGUGCAAGGUCGGUACGAUUCUCCAUCGUGCGGCAGCCAACACGAUCAUUGCCGUGCGUUGGAACCAGCGUCGGGCGGCAGGCUCGCUUACCGAGAACCACGCGUGGUGCAGCUAUGCAGCGUUCUGCAUCUCCCUCUUGCAGUCCCAGGACAACCAAGCCCUCUCGCAGAACAUGGACUCCAAGCCCCUUGAUGCCCUGGCAGUCCUCAAUGAUGUGGUCUGCCCAGCUCUCAAUCCGCCGGCGCGCGAGAUCCUUGCGAAGCACUGCGAGAAGCUCGUGGAGACGGACGAGGAGUUUGCGCGGACAGUGUGGCCUCGCACUGGGGAGCGUUCGGUCAUGUACUUCGUCGGGCUGAUCGUUCAGCACAAGAAGUACGAGUAUGCUGGCUGCAUUAUUGGCUGGCACCCGAUGUGCUUAGCAAAGGAGGACUUGUCGCCGGUGAUGGAGGUACAGAGGCUUACUCGGGGCUGGAACCAGCCCUUCUACUGGGUCGUCUCCGUCGACGGGAGCAAACGUUACGCGGCGGAAGAGGACCUUUACCCUGUCGACGUGAGGCCCGACGUAAUCAGACGUAUGUUCGUGAAUCGCUCUAUUUUUGGACGGUUCUUCGAAGGCGUCCAUCUGGACAAUGCCCACAAACGCGGCCGGUUGCUGCCCACACAGGAACUCCAGACCCUGUUCCCCGAGGACGACCAGGUAGGUUGUUCGUGGGUUCGCAGGGGAACUCUGGGGAACCGCAAGCUUUCUUUCGACACGCCAUCUACACAUUGAUUUUGAAAACACUAUACCCUGGAAUUUUGGGGAUCCUUCUUGCAUGCCUUGAUUCAAACUGUAGCUUACGAUUGUACACCUCGGAUAUACACGCACAUCGAUAUUUCCAUUUGACUGGUACUUCAGGCACUGGGUCAUGUUCGAACUUUGAGCUUGAAUAUUUGAUGAAUGCUAUAUGUUCUCGCCGACCAGUCGCGAGUUGGACGCU